AUGGCAGCGACGAAGCUCCCCCCGGAGGUAAAGGCGCACCGCGCAAACCAGGCCAACAAGGCCCCGAAUCAAUUCGUGCCCAACACAACCUCCACCAUGACAAAGGACUUCGUCAAUGUCGGGCAGAAGCCCGCACCACCCGAGAUGCUGAACUCAGCCAAUCCCAACUACAGACCGUCCGAUCCGUACCCCGGAAGGAUUGAGCAUUUCACCGGUGGUCGUCAGGAUAACGGGGCGCAGAAGCCCGAGCUUGGCGUUGGUGAGAUGGAGGGUAUUACGUUUAAGGUUGAGCCUUUGAAGAGAGUUGGGGAGGAGCUAGCCACGAAGAGGGCACGUCUGCUAUACCAAAGCCGCAAGCGCGGAAUCCUGGAAUCGGACCUGCUCCUCUCGACGUUCGCAGAUGUCUACCUGGGCAAGAUGGACUACGAUCAGCUCGUCGAGUACGACAGCUUCCUCGACGAAAACGAUUGGGACAUCUACUACUGGGCGACACAGGACUCACCAGAGGAGAUCUCACCCUCCACUCCUAAGGAGGAUACCAUCACCGAAACUUGGAAGGAGAGCGGUGCGAAGAGCGGUGAAUGGGCGCAGACCAUUGGCGCUUUCAGGGCAGCUUACCGGCCUGUACCGUCGCGCUGGCAGAACUCUGAGGUUCUCACGCUGCUCAGAGAGCAUGUUCGCGAUAAGAGUGCUACUGGCUUUGAGAAGGCCAAGAAUAAGAAGACUGGUGGUGGUGGUGGCUUGGGAAGAAUGCCCGAUGUUCAGGUGUUUAAUUCGUAA